AUGCUGAAGAACACCUCUCGUUUCAUGAUGAGAUUCAAGGCCAGCAAAAAGAGGAAAAAGGAGAAAGAGGCCAAAGAGAAGGCAAAUGGUGGGAAGAAGCCAACCUAUAUGCUGCUUCGCCUGGGAGGGAACAACUCCAAUGAGAAGAAAGGGGGCUUCUUCAAAGGCUUAUUUGGGAAAAAGGAUGGUGAUGGGGCUGUUGACGACUUCAAGAACAGAAGUCUACUGUUGGGGAAGGUUGCAGCGGCAACUAACUGGUUGACGAAACGCUUCCUGUCCACCAAAAUGCGGGAAAAUUCAGAACAGCAUGGCUGGCAAGGGCAUAGAGCUCACAGUCGGCAAGCCAGCUCCCGACGUUAUCUCCAGGGUUACCAAAACAAUGGUUAUGAGCAUGAUGAAGAUGUGUACGGAUACCAGAAAGUAUAUGAAGGGUAUGAUGACGGUUAUGGAGAUGAGGCAGCAUAUGGAAAUGAUGGUCAUUAUGGUUACUAUGACAAUGACAAUGGGGCAGGGGGAGCAGGAUAUCAAGACCUUGGUUACUAUGAGGAUGAAGGAUUCAAUGAUCCAAAUGCAGAAUAUUAUCCUGGUGUUCUUUAUGAUGAGAGCACGGGGGAAUAUUAUAACCCUUAUUCCUCUGCUGAUUACUAUGCUUACGAGCAGCAGCAGGCAAUGUAUGGUGAUGAGGGUCUGGACUACUAUGCAGUAAUGGGUGAUGACCAUAUGUAUGGAGGAGAGGUGGAUGGGUUCCUUGACCCUCAGACUCAGGGCUAUUAUGAUGAAAAUAAUCAGGGAGUUUACUAUGGUGGCGAACAAGUGGGCUAUUAUGACAUUGGACAGGCAGGUUAUUAUGAGAACCCUUAUGUAUCAUCUAUGGGAAUGCAAGGUGGAUUUGCGCAGGACUAUCAACUUAGCUAUACUGAUGUUGGCAUGCCAUACCAAGACUUCAGCUCCCAGCAGGCAAUUGGAUUCCCUCCAGGAGGCCAACAGGUGUUUGGGUUUGGAGACCAAGUUGUAGGUCAAGGACAGUACCUUUAUGGAAACCAGAAUGUUGGCCAGAUGGAUCAGUAUGGAGAUGAUAGCAGUUUAGUUCAAGGGGGGGAGAUGACGUUUAGAGUUCCCAGACCUCAAGUGCGCCUUUUCGGGAAAGAACGUCUAGAUGUUACCUUGCCUCCUCCACCAACUUUGCCGCCUGAUCCAGAAUUUGAAGAUAUGUCAGAAAUCCAGUACGAAGACCAGAUUCCUCUCGUGCCAGGUCAGCCUGGUGGCAUGAUGUCAUUACAGCAACAGAUGGCAAUGUCACCACAACAACAAAUAAUGAUGUCUUCGCAGCAAAAUCUGUUGCCCCCUCAAGAACCAAUAAUGAUGUCCCCUCAAAUGAUAUCACCUCAGCAGCAAGUCAUGUCACCGCAGCAGCAGAUGAUGUUACAACAAGACCAGAGUAUGUCCCCCCAAAUGAUGUCAUCGCCAAUUAUGUCACCACAGCAACAAAUGAUGUUAACGCAGCAGCAGCCGAUGUUGCCACAACAACAGAUGAUGUCCCAGCAAAUGAUGUUGCCACAGCAGCAGACGAUGCCCCAGGAAAUGAUGUUGCCACAGCAGCAGAUGUCACAAGAGAUGAUGUUCCCACAACAGCAAAUGAUGUCACAGCAAAUCAUGUCACCACAAGAGCAAAUGAUGCCACAGCAAAUGAUGCUGCCACAACAACAGAUGAUUUCACCACAGCAGCAGAUGAUGACUGACCCAAUGAUGAUGCCACAGCAGCAGGGUUAUGGCCCACCAUCCAUCCCUACUCCAACUGCAAUGAUCAUUAAGCAAGCCAACAUGUCCCCUCUUCCGGGACGCCGUAUUCAACCCUCUCCGACACCAUCCCGCCGUUCUGUCAUUAUGCCCUCCCCACAAAUGCAACGUCAUCCUCCUGCUAUGGCUUCCCCAGUACCCUCUCCUAUGUUUGCACAAAGACGCAGUCCCUCUCCACAGCCAUCCAUGAGGAGUGGUUUAAUUAAUGCCCAAAGACCGCCCUCUAUUAUGUCUAGGCAACUCUCACCUCCUUCCUCGCCUAUGGCCUCCCCGCUUGCUCGUCGUAGAAUGCAACCUCAGAGAUCACCCUCUCUCCUGGCUCGAGGUCCUUCAGCCCCCCACUCUCCCCGUGCCUCAAUGAUCCGGCAUAGUCCCCCAUCGUCACCAAGACCAUCAAUGAGGCGACGAUCUCCACCUUCUUCACCUCGUGCUUCCAUGAGAAGGCGAAGUCCUCCACCAGCACCCAGUCCUGCCCGCAGCCCAUUUGAAGCUAGAAAGAUUCAUAGGUCACCAUCUCCUACCCUCUCUCCUGCUCAUGUAUCUCCCCCCCUCUCUCCACAGCUCAGCAGAAGACCAUCUCCUUCCCCAUCUCAUCGUAGCUUAUCUCCUGCUGGGCCCCGGCCUCACCUAUCAUCCCCUACUCUUUCUCGCCGCUCAACUCGACUGCUUAGGGAUCCAACACCAGUGGCCCGGCCUAGGAUGGGUGGAAAUGUUCCUUUAGGUACUGUCAGACCCUCCCCUAUGGGUCUCCGAGGACGUCCAGUGCCCCCACCAACCCAGAAUGUGCGUCCUUUUCGUGCCUCCUCUAUAAGAAGCAAUAGGUCUUCUGUUCUCACAGUGGACUCCUCGCUUCACUCCUCUCCUUUCCACUCCCCUCACAUGGUCCACCGUGCUCCCUUGAGGAGAAGAGAAUCUGGAAGAUUACCUCCUCGUCCCAUUGCUCGAGGACGUCCACUCGUGGCCCAGCGGUCAGUAAGAAGUAUGCCACCCCCUUCCCCACAGUUGUCCAUUAAACACAUACCGCACUCCGCGUCCCCGCACCUCUCUCCUCGAGUCUCCCGUCAGCCCUCCCCCCUCCUGCCCCCACGUGCUGUCCACUCGCCUACUUACACACCAGAAAUGAUGCCCUAUGCUGAUCCUUACACUCAACAGUCACAUCAAUUUGUAGCUCCAUCUUCUCCCAUGCUUUCUGGUGCUUUGCAGAACCAGUCUCUCCGACAAGCCUCCUUCUCAUCCCCCCUUGGACCUCAGGUAGCCCAAAUGGUAGUGAUGGAGGAUAUGGUUCCUGAAGUAGACCCUUAUGUUCCCUUGUCCCCUACUUUGUCUGGUGCAAUGCAAAACCAGGUUAUUCGUGAUGCCUCCUAUGUCCCCUCACUCCAGAGACCAGUGUCACCUUAUGGUCAGCCUAUGGCACCCUCAUCUCCUAUGCUGUCUGGGGCUCUGCAAAAUCAAGCUCUACGAGAUGCAUCUUAUGUUUCCCCUUUACAAAGGCCAGUGUCACCUCUUGAACCUUCUCUGUCCCCUUCUUCUCCAUUACUAUCUGGAGCUCUGCAAAACCAGGCAUGCUCCCUGAAGCCAUGA